AUGGAAAAAGGCAAUCCAGAAGCAAAAGGAUACGGGCCGUUCCGCCACACCCUGGAAGUGAGUAAAGUGAAGGACUGCUACUGGGACAAGCAAUCUGGAGAGGGUGAGGUGGGGUGGAGUUCCCGGGCCACUGCUGAAGUUUCUGGUGGCAUGGCUGCUACUCCGGUCGAUGUGUCAGUCCAAAUGAAGCGCAGCACUUCGUCGACCGGCAGUGCAGCCAGCCCUCAUUACCGGCUCGGUGGUGCGCAAUACAAGCUUAAGAAUCCUUUCAAGCAUGAAAUGAUGGAUUGGGUGGACGAGAACACGGCAAAGAUUUAUCAAGCCCUGGCGUCGUCGCCACGAGAUCGGAGAUCGUGGGCUGAUCGUGAUUAUGGGUGUUUGGUUCACCGAUGA